UGCUUCAACUGCGGCCAGAUAGGCCACGCCGCACGAGACUGCACCAACCAGGCACGCGUCAAGCCCUGCUACCUUUGCGCGCAAUUGGGACACGACGGCCGCGAGUGCCCGAACCGGACGGCCCUGUAUGCGCUGCGGCCGGGGGGACUCUGCUACAACUGCGGGCGGCUGGGUCACUACGGCGAGUGCUGUCCCUCC